UUUCUUGAACUCCCAAACCAAUUCAUAGCUCAGCUGCUCAAAUAUCAGUUACUUUAGCUUUGAUCAUGGCUGCGAUUCCUUUCUUUUCACUUCUUCUGCUCCUCUGCUCCUUGGCUUUGCCUACCCCUUCCUUAGCCACCGCUAGAAAACUCUCAGCUCUUGUUGAACAACAACCCCUCAUUCUUCAAUACCACCACGGACCUCUCUUUAAGGGUAAUAUUACUGUUAACCUCAUUUGGUACGGUAAAUUCUCCUCUACACAGCGAUCCAUAAUUGUCGACUUCUUAAACUCCCUCAGCUACGCCAAGACGCCGUCGUCUCCCUCUGUUUCAUCGUGGUGGCAAACGACUGGGAAGUACAAGGGAGGUGGUUCGAGCCGUGUCGUUGUUGGGAAACAAAUUCUUGAUGACAAGUACUCUUUAGGGAAAGCUCUUAAAACUUCCCAACUCACAGCUUUGGCUUCCAACGCUGGAUAUGAACAUGGAGGUACCGUGGUCAACGUUGUUUUGACUUCCGCUGACGUGGCGGUUGAUGGGUUCUGCAUGAGCAGGUGCGGGACACAUGGUUCGGUUCGGGUUAAUAAGAGCAGGUUCGCUUACGCUUGGCUGGGUAACUCGGUGAGCCAGUGUCCGGGUUACUGCGCGUGGCCCUUUCAUCAACCCAUAUACGGGCCGCAAACUCCACCAUUGGUUGCUCCUAACGGAGACGUCGGGGUUGAUGGGAUGGUGAUUAAUUUGGCAACAGUUUUGGCCGGAACCGUAACGAAUCCGUUCAAUAACGGGUACUUUCAAGGUCCGGCGGAAGCCCCAUUGGAGGCGGUGAGCGCGUGUACGGGGAUAUUCGGGAAAGGAGCGUACCCGGGGUAUCCAGGAGAGCUUUUGUUGGAAAAAACGACAGGGGCUAGCUAUAACGCGGUUGGGGUUAACGGGCGUAAGUAUUUGCUCCCAGCGAUGUGGGAUCCUCAAACAUCUACCUGCAAAACACUAGUUUGAGCAAACAAAACUGACAUGGGAAGAGUUAUAUUUUGAUGUUAUUAGGUAUAUGAUGAGCUCUGUAUAAACUUAUAGUUUGGCAAAAUAUUAGGAUACAUGAGGUUUUCUUCUUUCUUGUUUUCUAUACUGAGUAACCUUUGUAUAUCGUUUUGGUUUAAUAAAAAAGCAGUGAAAAGAGAAAUCAUGUUACUUUCCCUUCUGAU